UUUUGAAAGUGAGCGGAAACGGAAGAGCAGCAGGUUUUCAUCGACUUUGCUCUCGUGCCGCUCGAGCAGUCCAAUAAUGUCUGCAACGGGACGAGGAGAUACUUUGUGCGUCUUUAUCAAUGGAAAGAAGGUGGAGGUGGAAGAUGCCGAUCCGGAGACGAUGUUGUUGUCCUUCCUCAGGCAAAAGCUGAGGCUAACAGGAACCAAGUCUGGCUGUGGGGGUGGAGGCUGUGGGGCCUGCACCGUCAUGGUGUCACGCUACCAACCUGCGACCAAGACCAUCACCCAUUACGCCGUGAACGCCUGCCUCCUGCCGCUCUGUCAGCUGCACGGCGCCGCUGUCACCACGGUGGAGGGCAUCGGCAGCUCCACAACCAGGAUCCACCCGGUGCAGGAGCGAAUAGCGAAGGCUCACGGCUCGCAGUGUGGCUUCUGUACGCCGGGCAUGGUGAUGGCCACCUACGCUCUGCUGAGGAACAAACCCAAACCCACCAUGGACGACAUCACGCUAGCUCUGGCUGGUAAUCUGUGCCGUUGUACUGGGUAUCGGCCUAUCGUGGACGGAUGCAGAACCUUCUGUCAGGAGGCCAACUGCUGCCAAGUCAACGGCGGAGGAAGCUGUUGCCUCAACGGGGAAGAAAAUACCAGUGAAGACUCAAAGAAAAACCCAGAGCUCUUCAAUAAGGACGAGUUCCUUCCGCUGGACCCAACGCAGGAACUCAUCUUUCCCCCGGAACUGAUCCUGAUGGCGGAGACGCCCAGCAUCCAGACGCUCUCUUUUCACGGCGAGAGGAUGAGCUGGCUGUCGCCGGCCUCGCUCCAGGAGCUGAUCCAGCUCAAGGCCAAACACCCCAAGGCGCCGCUGGUCAUGGGCAACACCAACAUCGGUCCAGACAUCAAGUUCAAAGGAGUCGUUCAUCCUCUGGUCAUCUCCCCCAGCAGAAUCAAGGAGCUCUACGAGGUCUCUCAGACUCCACAGGGCGUUUGGGUUGGAGCGGGCUGCACUUUGGCUGAGCUCCGCUCCCUGUUGGAGAAGCUGGUUUCUGAGCUUCCGGCUGAGAAGACCGAGCUCCUCGGAGCUCUGAUCCAGCAGCUGGGGAACCUGGGAAGCCAACAGAUCCGGAACGUUGCGACUCUUGGCGGCAACAUUGCUAGUGCAUACCCAAACUCAGACCUGAACCCCGUUUUGGCUGCUGGGAACUGCAGAGUCGCCGUCAUCUCCAGCGAAGGAAGACGAGAGAUUCCCCUCAAUCAGGACUUCUUCGUGGGUUUCGGAAAAACUGUCCUGAAACCGGAAGACAUUGUUCUGUCGGUUUUCCUUCCUUUUUCCAGAAAGGGGGAGUUUGUGCGCGCUCUCCGACAGGCGCCAAGGAAGGAGGUGUCGUUCGCCACCGUGACAACGGGAAUGCGGGUGUUUUUCUCUGAGGGCUCGUCGACGGUUCAGGAAGUCAGUAUCUACUUUGGGGGCGUGGCUGCCUCCACCGUUAGCGCCGCUGAGACGUGCAAAGCCCUCGUUGGAAGGCCGUGGAGUGAGGAGACCUUCAGCCGGUCCUACGACGUCCUCCUGGAGGAGGUGGCCCUGCCGCCCUCGGCUCCUGGGGGAAAGGUGGAGUUUCGACGCUCCCUGACCCUCAGCCUCCUCUUCAAAUUCUACCUGGAGGUCCUGCACACGCUCAAAGAAAUGAAGGUGAUCUCAGAGGAGAUUCCAGAGAAGCUGCUGCCGUUACCCAAAGACAUCCAACCGACCGUGCAGGAGUUUCAGGCUGUGUCAAAGGAACAGAGUGACCAGGACCCCGUUGGGCGUCCCAUGAUGCAUCGCUCCGCCAUCAGCCACGCCACCGGCGAGGCGGUGUACUGCGACGACAUCCCCAGAACAGACGGGGAGCUCUUCCUGGUUCUGGUCACCAGCACUCGGCCACACGCCAAGAUCACAGACCUGGACGUGAGCGAGGCGCUGAAGGUUCCUGGCGUCGUGGACGUCAUCACGGCCAAGGAUAUUCCCGGGAAGAAGGUCCGCCUCAUGUUCGGCUACCAGGAGGAGGUGCUCUCCGAUGACGAGGUGUCCUGCGUCGGUCAGAUGGUGUGCGCCGUGGUUGCCGAUUCAAAGCCGCACGCCAAGCGUGGAGCGGCGGCCGUGAAGAUCACCUACGAGGACUUGCCAGACCCUAUUUUCACCCUGGAGGACGCCAUCGAGAAGUCGUCUUUCUACGAGCCUCGGCGGUUCCUUGAGGUCGGAGACGUGAACGGAGCUUUUGAGAAAGCGGAUCGAGUUCACGAAGCUGAGGUUCGGAUGGGGGGCCAGGAGCAUUUCUAUAUGGAGCCUCAAAGCAUGCUGGUCGUUCCUGUUGGGGAAGAAAGAGAGUUAAACGUCUACGUCUCCACUCAGUGGCCCGCUCUGACUCAGGAGGCGGUGGCAGAGACUCUGGGAAUACCUUCCAAUAGGGUCACCUGCCACGUCAAAAGGAUGGGCGGAGCUUUUGGAGGGAAGGUCAUUAAAACGUCCAUCCUGGCCUCCAUCACCUCUGUGGCUGCGUGGAAGACCAAUCGUGCUGUCCGGUGUGUCCUGGAGAGAGGUGAAGACAUGCUGAUUACAGGAGGGCGCCAUCCCCUCCUGGCGAAAUACAAGGUCGGCUUCAUGAACGACGGGCGAAUCGUAGCCGCAGAUCUGUCGUAUUAUGCCAACGCUGGCUGUAAAGUGGACGAAUCCGUUCUGAUUGCCGAGAAGUUCCUCCUGCACAUGGAGAAUACUUACAGCAUCCCAAACCUGCGAGGGUUCGCCGCCGCCUGCAGGACCAACCUGCCGUCCAACACGGCCUUCAGAGGCUUCGGUGUGCCGCAGUGCCUGUUCGUGAUCGAGAACAUGGUCAACGACGUGGCGCUGCUGCUGGGACGCCCUGCAGAUCAGAUUCGGGAGAUGAACAUGUACAAAGGGCCGUCGUCGACCCCCUACAAGCUGGAGUUCAGCCCGGACAACAUGCUGCGCUGCUGGGAGGAGUGUAAGCUCAAGUCGGACUACAGCGCCCGCUGCACAGCUGUCGACCAGUUCAACCAGCAGAACCAGUGGAAGAAGAGGGGCAUCUCCCUCAUUCCCAUCAAAUACGGCAUCGGCUUUGCAGAGAGCUUCCUGAAUCAGGCGGCCGCCCUGGUCCACAUCUACAAGGACGGCUCUGUUCUGGUCACUCAUGGAGGGACGGAGAUGGGACAGGGAAUCCACACCAAAAUGCAGCAGGUCGCCAGCAGAGAGCUUCACAUCCCAACAACCAAGAUCUACAUCAGUGAAACCAGCACCAACACGGUCCCCAACACCUGUCCCUCCGCUGCGUCCUUUGGCACCGACGCCAACGGAAUGGCUGUCAAGAACGCCUGUGAGACUCUGUACCAGCGCCUGGAGCCACUCAGGAAGAAGAACCCCGAGGGACCAUGGGAGAAUUGGAUUCGAGACGCGUAUUUUCAGAAGAUCAGUCUAUCAGCCACCGGGUUCUGGAGAGGUCCAGAUCUGUACAUGGACUGGGACAAAAUGGAGGGCCACCCUUAUGCCUACUUCACAUUUGGAGUUUGCUGCAGUGAAGUGGAGCUGGACUGCCUUGUGGGAGACUACCGGACUCUGAGGACAGACAUUGUGUUUGACAUCGGCAGAAGUUUGAACCCAUCUGUGGAGAUUGGCCAGAUUGAGGGUGCAUUCAUGCAGGGUUUGGGUCUUUACACUCUGGAGGAGCUGAAGUACUCCCCUUCUGGCCUUCUGUACACAAGAGGCCCAUCCCAAUACAAGAUUCCCGCCGUCUGCGACAUGCCGCUUGAGUUUAACGUCUACCUGCUGCCGGACACCGACAACCCCCACGCCAUCUACUCCUCCAAGGGUAUUGGAGAACCGGCCCUCUUCCUGGGGAGCUCCUGUUUCUUCGCCAUCAAAGACGCGGUGGCGGCAGCGCGCUCUGAUUCCGGAAUGGCCGGACCGUUUACCCUCGAUAGCCCCGCGACUCCAGAGAGGGCCUGUUUGGCUUGUGCCACACCGUUCACUCGAAAGAUUCCGACCAGCGAGCCAGGAUCAUUCAGACCGUGGGCCUUAAACAUUUAAAACUCAAUCAUUCCUUAAAUGCACUUAGUAAACUAAUCAUUUACUCAAUGAUUAUUCAGCUAUUUUACCGAAGCACUAAAGCUAAUGGUAUUAAUAAUCACUGAACGUGAAAAAAUAUAUACAUAAUUACAGUUUCUAUGCACUUAACUGGAAAUUUGUUCCAUAAAGAUGUUUUAUUAUGAAUAGAACAAGAAUUUAAAGCAAACUUUAUACAAUGAAGUCUUGCUAAUUGUUUUGUCUAAAAAACACGAUGAUUGAAUGUUGCUAAUACUUAUCAAGUACUAUCAAGCAGAAACACACCUGGAGACGGAGGUGUUUGAUUUUGUCUUUGUUACUAAUUGUUGAAAACUUUUUAUCAGAAAUUCUAAUAAAAAUUAAAUAUUGGUGAA